UGGAAAUCAAAGGAAACAGGGGUUUUAUAAGUUUCUCAUAUAUGGACAAACAGUUAAUAGCUCAUUAUUUUUUGUUCCCCUCUCUUCAAAACAGGGAGGUAUAUGUAUCGAGAGGAGAGCAGCAUAGAAGAGAAGAAAAGGAAGAGACUUUGAGAUCUGACCUAUCUUCUCUCUUGGGUUUUUCCAAAAGCUCGAUCUUUUGGGGCCCUUUAUCGAAAGGGUCUUCGUCUCUCAAUCACUCUUUACUCUCCAUAUCUAUUCCUGAUUGCUUGAGGUUGUAUCUGCUGGCAAGAUGGUAGUUGAGGCUGUGGGAUUUGAAGCGGCUCAAGCGCCAAACAUUGCAACAGAAGUGGAGACUUCGUUUCCUGAUGAGAAGGAAAAAGGUAAACUGGACAAGGAAUUGGGUAACAGGCCCAUCAAAUUUGGUACCCAUGGCGAUGAGCCCAUAAAAGUAGAAGGAGGUGAUGCUUCAGAUGCCAACUUCCCCAAGGAUGCUGUUGACGAGUGGCCUGCACCGAAGCAGAUUCAUUACUUUUACUUUGUGAAGUACCGCCCAUAUGAUGAUCCAAAAAUAAAAGCCAAAAUUGAUCUAGCUGAUAAAGAGAUUCAGAAAAGAAACCAAUCUCGGUUUCGAGUUAUGGAAGAGCUUAAAUUAAAAAGGGCGGAUAGAGCAGGCAUGAUUUCUCAGUUGAAGUCUCUGAGAACAGAGAGCGACCAAUAUUACACAGUAAUGAACGAGAAGAAAAAGGAAAGGGAACCCUUGUAUCAGGCUCUUGGUAAGCUGCGGGAUACAGGCGGUGCCGGCCGGGGUGGCUUAUGCUCAUCUGAGGAAGAGCUUGAUGAUCUUAUCUACAGCUUGAAUUACCGCAUGCAACAUGAGAGCAUUCCGUUGGCUGAGGAGAAACAAAUUCUCAGAGAAAUCAAACAGCUGGAAGGGACAAGGGAAAAAGUUAAUGCCAAUGCUGCUACGAGAACUAAGAUUCAAGAUGAAAUGGGUCAGAAGCAAGCCAUUCAUGAUCAAUAUAAACUUAUAGGAGCUGACUUGGAUGGAGUUAGAAAGGAGCAUCAAGCAGUUAAGACCAAAAUUACUGCCCUCAAGGAAAAACUGAAGUCAAUGGAUGACGACAUUAGUUCUCUGCUGAAUGAGUUGGAGAAUGCUACUCAAAAGAGGGACAAAGCGCUUGAAAGCAUACAGGAAUUUCGAAAGCAGCGGGAUGAAGGGAACGCCUGCUUCUUCCAAAGUCGUGGACUCUUAAACAAGGCCAGAGAUCUUGCUGCCAAGAAGGAUAUCGAGGCGCUUGAGGAACUUUCACGCACAGAGCUUGAUAAAUUUAUCUCCCUCUGGAGCAACAACAAGACCAUCAGGGAGGAUUAUGAGAAAAGAAUUUUGACAUCGUUGGAUCAACGACAAUUGAGUAGGGAUGGACGGAUGAGGAACCCGGAUGAGAAGCCUCUGGUACAGGUACAAGAGGUCCCAGUGCUGUCUGACGUUGAGGCGGUGGCCAAAACUAAUGUUAAGCGACCCAAGGAGGAAUCAAAAGCUAAUCCACAAAAGGAUACUUUGCCUGCUCAGAAGGCUAAAGCCAGUGCGAAAGUUACAGAUCCAAACCCCACUUCUGAGGGUUCUGAUAUUGCGGACAUCGAGAACAAUAGCUAUGAAAUUCCGCCCAAGGGCUCCACUUCAAAGGAAGACGUAGUUGAUCCUGCAAAGUUGAAAGAGCUGAAAAGAGAAGAGGAGAUGGUUAAAGCUAAACAAGCAAUGGAAAGGAAGAAAAAAUUGGCGGAGAAAGCUGCUGUCAAAGCAGCUAUAAGAGCUCAAAAGGAGGCUGAAAAGAAGCUAAAGAAGGAGGAAAAGAAGUUGAAAAAGAAGUCUGGCGGGUCUGCUCUUGCUACUGAGACUGAGGAAUCAGCUGAAGCGGUUGUGGAGAGUGUAGAGAUGGAAAAAGAUGCAGAUGAAGAGGCACCGGUUACUGCAAAGGGGAAGGUUGUGAGGGAGAAUGCUGUCAGGCUCCGGCGUCGUCCAAGGGGUCAAGAUUCAGUCUCGAAAGCCAUCUUGAAGCGGAAGAAGUUCACUAACUAUUGGUUAUGGGCUGCUCCUGUUGCUGUGAUUGUCUUGUUGCUUCUAGUGCUUGGUUACUUGUACCUCCUUUGAAGAAGUGAAACUAAAAGUAGCAGCAGACUCCCUGUGUGAUGAGGUAGGUAUGUUGGUAGAAAAAUAAAACAUUUUUGUUCUUUUGCAUCCCGUUCGAGUGAUGGACAUAGAACUCAUAAUGCGCUUUGAGUUUGUGCAACUGAUAUCCAUAUAUUAUUUGCUUCUAAAUUUUGAACUAAUUUUGUGGAUGUUUGUGCUAUUACUCUUAUA